AUGGAUGAAUAUCUUCAUAUGGAUUCUCAAGUUGGUUCUAGUUUGAUAUCUGAUUUCUCUUCAUUCAUUGGCAAAGUUGGAGAGGGAGAUUUGACAAAUAAAUUUACCACAAAUGAAAUAUUUCGUUCACGGGAGCACUUAAUUGCAUGGGUAAGAGGGAUGACUUAUGAUUUAGGAUUUGUUGUGGUAAUAGUAAGAUCUGAUAUAGCUACUGGUGUACGGGGAAGAAAAACGUUUGUCAUACUUGGAUGUGAAAGAGGAGGGAAAUAUCGGAAAUACAAAGCCCAUGUGGUGCCUAGUGUAUACGGGACUCAUAAAUGUGAGUGUCCGUUUAAAUUAAAGGGUAAACCAGGUUCAGACGGUGAUGGAUGGGUGUUGAAGGUGAUGUGUGGACAUCACAACCAUGAUUUGGCUGAAACUUUAGUUGGACAUCCUUAUGUUGGCAGGUUAAAUAUGAGUGAGCAGUCAUUACUGGUUGAUAUGACAAAGAGUAAAGUUACACCUUCAAAUAUUUUAUUAACCCUCAAACAAAAUAAUGAUCGAAAUGUCACAACGAUUAAACAAAUCUACAACGCAAGACAAGCGUAUAAACGAUCAUUGAGAGGGUCCAGAACUGAACUACAACAACUUAUGAUGUUGUUGGAUCCGGAUAAGUACAUUCAUUGGAGUAGGUGUGCCGACGAUUCAAAGGUUGUUACUAACCUGUUUUGGACACAUCCUGAAGCGGUGAAAUUAUUAAACUCAUUUAAUGUUGUAUUUGUUAUGGAUUCCACAUAUAAAACAAAUAGAUAUAGAUUUCCAUUGCUUGAGAUUGUGGGCAUGACGUCUACAGGGUUAAACUUCUCUGCAGCAUUUGCUUUCUUGUCUAUUGAGCGACAGAGUAAUUUCACAUGGGCUUUGGAAAAGUUGAAAUGUUUAUUUUUAACAUCUGAGGGUGGUCCUAAAGUCAUUGUCACUGACCGAGACUUGGCUUUGAUGAAUGCCAUUGCAAAUACUUGGAUUAUUCCGUACAGUACAUACUUUGUAAAGUUUUGGACGAACAAAGUAAUGCAUUUAGGGAACACAACCACAAAUAGGGUUGAGUCUACUCAUUGGAGUCUGAAGAAAGUUCUGGGCAAUAGUAUGGGUGAUUUGUGUUCUUGUUGGGAUAGUAUUCAUAACGUUGUUAUCCUACAACACAACAAGAUUAAGGCGUCAUUUGAAAGAAGUGUGUUGCUCAUGAGUGACCCUUUUAAAGGAUACAAAUAUAAAAAACUUAUUAGGCGUGUCUCUCAAUAUGCAUUGGAUCUCAUUGCUAAGGAAUUGGAAAGAGUGCAGCAAAUAGGAUUGGACUCAUCAAAGUGUGGAUGUGUAUUGAGACGUACAUUUGGUGUCCCAUGUGCAUGUGAAUUAGCACGGUAUGAUGUUGGAUUGAUCCCUCUGGGUGAAUUUCAUAUCAUGUGGCGAAGAUUGCAUUUCUCAAAUGUUGAAUUAAAUGAAACUGAGCCCAAGUUAUCCAUUAAAGAUGAGUUGAAACAAGUACAAGAACGAUUCAAUGAGGUUGACAUUGGAGAUAAAAUCACCAUCAAGCAAAAGUUACUUGAAAUUACUUGUCCUACAUUGACAUCAAUGGUCCCUCCAUUACAUAAAGUCAAGACAAAGGGUGCUAAAAAAAGUAAAGUUCAACGAAGAGAAAGGUCUACUACGCGGGAUCCAUCAUAUUUUGAGUAUGUCGAUGCCUUUCAUUCAACCAUAGAAUCUUCAACUGUGAAAAGUAAAUUACAAUCAAAGCCAAAUGUAGUGAAGAAAAAGAAAGUUCCAAUGAUAGACCAGUUUCAUUCUAUUACUCACCCAUUCAUUGUGGACGUUGUUGAUGUUGUGGCUGAUGGUCACUGUGGAUAUAGAUGCAUUGCUGCCUCGUUGGGACUCGGAGAAGAUUCAUGGCCCGUUAUCAGAAAUGAUUUGUACAAAGAACUCAGUCAAUGGCGUGAUGAAUAUGCAAGCCUAGUAGGAGGGUAUGAUAGACUAGAAGAACUGAGGAACUCUUUGUUGAUUAUGAAGUCACAGUCGACGGUUAACAUGAAUAAGUGGAUGACAUUACCAGACAUUGGUUAUGCAAUUGCUAACCGAUAUAAUGUCAUAUUAGUUAAGUUACAAGAAGAUUGUCCUUUGCCCAUGGUCAAUACCAUCUCCUCAACCCACUGUUAUCUUGAGGCACGAGCGUGGUCAUCUAUGUAUACUAGUAGGAUGCAAACAUUUGCACACCUGAUGGGCGUAACGACAUCUUAUGUUGACUUGGGUGAUUCAUGA